AUGACAGGAAGACUUCAUCUUGACCCUGACACCUCACCCGAAACCGCCCCUGGAUCCCGUUAUCAGAUCUCCGAACCACUUCUCGAGUCUGUGUCCACCCAGCGAAGCACAGGCCAUGUCGUGAGCCCUCAGCAUGGGUGUCUUACUUUAAUAUCGUGCACUUUUCUUGCGCUGUUCCUGAACUGUGCUGUUAAUGGUCUGGUCACCCUCAAUAUCUCGCAAAUAGCGUCAGACUACGAUCUGAGCCCUGGAGUGGAGUUAUGGCCAAUGUCGAUAUAUUACCUCGCCCAAGGCUGCACCUUCUUGCUGGCAGGGUCAUUGACGGAUAUCCUGGGCAGCCGGAGAAUGUUCUUAUAUGGAUGUACCUUGCAAGCUCUCUGCCAUGCUGCUAGUGGGGUGUCCAAGAGUGGAGUGCAACUCAUUACCUUCAGAGCCUUGGCUGGCGUCGCCUAUCCAAUGUGCUUCGUCUCGGCUAUGAACAUCCACAGGGAUUCCCUCCCAGCGGGAAGACUCUAUGACUUCGCAGUCUUCAGUGCAAAAAGCAGUCAAUAUCUUGGCUCUGCCGUGGGUUUGAUUUUGAGUGGAAUGUGUUCGGUGAUUACAAACUGGCGACGGGGCUUCUUUCUCGCUGCAAUCCUGAGCGUAAGCACACUUCUGCUAUCAAUUCGGGCAAUACCAAGACAAGUGGCGCCACAACACUUUUCAUCGACGAAAUUGAUCGAGAAUAUUGAUUGGGCUGGCACUCUUCUGGCAAGCUUGCUGAUGAUGCUUCUCUUUACUGCCUUAGCGUACGUUCAUCCCACCCCUUCCGGAUACGGCCAUGACUUGUGCAGUGCUAAAUACAGUUCAAAUAGUAUAAUCACGAAUAAUGUGGCUAAUCUCAGCAAGUCGGGACUCUUCAUUCCUUUGGCUCUUGGUUGGCUCCUCCUUAUUGCAUUCCUGUUCUGGCAAGACUGCUGGGAAAGAGACAACACACAAGGUGUUCGGGAUUCCCUUUGGACAAAUACCCAGUUCAUGUUGCUCGGGCUGGUGGUAUUCUUUAUUUACGCCUGUUCGCUUUCUACAACGCAACUCAUGGUUCUUGUCUUCCAGCGAGUACAAGGUCUAUCUGUCCUCCGAUCCUCAUGGCAGAUGUUACCCAUCCCAGUGAUAGGCGCACUGGCUAGUGCCCUCACGGAGAGACAUUUGUCUCGAGUCCCAGCCAGCAGAGUGCUUGUCGUCACAGCGUUAUUAUCCAGUCUUGCUCCAGUGCUGAUGAUUGUUUUGGAUGUCAACUGGGGCUAUUGGAACUGUGCGGUCUAUGCUGUGUCGUUGAACUCAGUUGCAGCAAGCUCAAUUAUUCCAAUUGCAGCAAUGAUGAUUUCAGAGAAUUUCACUCAUGAGAUGCAAGGCUUUGCGAUGGGAGUGGUUUGCACUAUCGCCAUGAUUGGUGCAUCUGUAGGUAUGGCACUUGCUGCGCUGAUUUCAAAUGAUGUGACCGCAACUCAGCUUCAGAUCGCCGGUGACAAUGUUUUAUUCAAUCCGCGCGCUUGGAUGAAUGGAUAUCGCGUUGCGUUCGGAUUCCUUCUCACCCUCAACCUGGCAGGUCUAAUCAUCACUGCCAGCUGUUUGCCUAAAGAUAGGCGCGCGGGACAUGGACCCAGUCCAGCUCGCUGA